UCCCUCCCCUUCUUGUCUAGGGUUUAACUAGGGUUUUGUUUUCGCGGAGAGUGAGAGAGAGAGAGAGAGAGAGAGUCGAUCGUCUUGAUCAGAACGAUGGGUAAGAAGCGAAAGCAGAGAGAAGCUGAAAAGGUCGAAUCAGAGACCAAGAAGGGCGAAGAUGCCGCCCCGGAGAGGCCAAAACGAACCCUCCUGGGAUGGAAGGAGAAACCUCAAGAUGAUGAAAACACGGUGUCUCCUAGUUUCAGGAAUAAGGAGAAGGUGCUUGUCACCUGCUCCCGCCGCAUUAAUUUCAGGUACCGCCACCUGAUGCUUAAUAUGGUCUCACUUCUACCUCACUGUAAGAAGGAUAACAAGGUUGAGUCGAAAGAAAUUAAAGGCGCCACUCUUAAUGAGCUCGUCGAGCUCCGGAAUUGCUCUUCUUGCCUGUUUUUCGAGUGCAGGAAGCAUAAGGAUCUCUACUUGUGGAUGGCAAAGUGCCCAAAUGGCCCAUCUGUUAAAUUCUUAGUUAAUGCUGUGCACACAAUGGAAGAGUUAAAGCUGACUGGUAAUCAUCUUAGAGGUUCACGUCCUCUUUUGACUUUCUCAACAAAUUUCGAUAACAAUGCCCAUUGGAAACUUUUGAAGGAGAUGAUUAUUCAGAUAUUUGGAACUCCUAAGGGACACCAGAAGUCUAAACCCUAUCAUGAUCAUGUCUUUGUCUUCUCUAUCGUUGAUGACCAUAUUUGGUUCAGGAACUAUCAGAUCUCUGUUCCUCACAAUGAAUCAGAUAAAGUGUCCCGAGGAAGUUUAGAGAAGAUGACUCUUGUUGAGGUUGGCCCCAGAUUUUGCUUGAAUCCAAUCAAGAUAUUCGGUGGCAGCUUUGGUGGCCCAACACUGUAUGAAAAUCCCUUUUACGUAUCACCGAACCAGAUUCGAGCAUUAGAGAGGAAACCGAAGGUAAAUACUUUUGCGAAGAAGGUCAAGGCCAAGACAAGGAGGAAGAUGCACGAGCUAUCGAAUCCACUGGAGCCCGACGAGUUUGCAGACAUGUGGAAAGAAUGAUUUCUUCCUUCAACCUAUUUUCCUCCUUUGGAUGGAGAUGCAGCAAUCUACUAUUCAAUACCCGUACCAGCUCUGGAUUCGUACAUGGCGCCGUUCUCGACUUGGAGUUGUUCAUCAACAAUUUUGUGAUUCCAACAUUCGAACUGCUGCAAUUUUGCCUUUUAGGGGCUUGAACAUUGUCCCAAGAUCUUUGUAAUAGUAUUAAUUGACAUUAGCUGUAAUUGCUCUGGGAGUUUGUGACCUUACUUCAAUUCUUCAAAGAUGCAAAACCAGAGUAGUAAAGUCAAGUUUGUAGCUCAUUUAUCCCGAAAA